CGAAAAUCCCGAAUCCCUAAUUUCUCUCCGAUUUUGACAUCCAGAAAGCUUCAACCAGUUCUUGAUUAUCAAGAUUCCGAUCUUCAACAGCCAUCAAGAACUACAGAAAGUUAUACGGGGGUAGUUCAAACUACAGAAACAACAAUAAUCAUGGACAAAUACAGAAGAAUUCUACAACGCAGUCUGAUUUGUAGCAAGAUGUCUUUGAUUCGGACUAGUCCACUCAAGGAGAGCUUAACCAAAGUAGCUAAACACUGCACUUCUCUUUCAGCUAAAGUACCGGUCGUCUCCCCCAUUACCGCCGCAGACGCCUCUUCUUCUGGCAUCCUUUUGCCUCAGCAGUUCCUCAACCAUUAUCGAAAAUUUGCCUCAUCUUCAUCAGGCUCGUCAAACAUUAAGGAGAUUAAAUCUGAAGAAGAAUUCAAUAAUUAUCUUCGGAAGGUUCAAGAUGAAGCUCUCCCAGCUAUUUUCUAUUUUACUGCAGUGUGGUGUGGACCAUGUAGGUUUCUAUCUCCCAUCAUCUCUGAGUUGAGUGGAAAAUACCCAGCCCUUAACAUAUAUAAGAUUGACAUUGAUGAGGAGCAGCUUCAAAAAACACUAAGUACCAUGAAUAUCAACUCAGUGCCAACCCUGAAUUUCUUCAAAGAUGGGAAGAUAAGUGCUCAAGUGAUUGGUGCUGAUGUUAAACGCCUUACAGAUACUGUUGAAAGUCUUUACGCAUAAGCAUUUGUAUCUCCUUUUUUUUUUUCCAAAACAGAACAGAGCAAAGCUCAACAAUGACGAGAGCAUAAGCUUUUGUAUCUUCUGCACAGAAUACUCCUAGUACUGUUUCCAUGCUAGGGCAGACCGAGGUUCAUAUUAAUUCCAUACUCUCCUCCUUAACUCUAA